GGGUGCUAAUUUGUUGGAUGUCAUGGGUGCAUACAAUCCGGACGAUGCUCCAUUCAAACCAGAUGACUUAAGUAAAUCUCGGUGUAGAUUUCAGAUAACCAAUCUACAGAACAUUAAAUUUUGGUGCACAUUGUGGGGCGAUUAUUCUGCUCAAUUUUUGAGGUUCUUAGAAGUUCCCAGACAAAAUCUUGUUAUCGUGCUCCUGCAAUUGGGACGAAUAAACAAGCGUUUUGCCGGUGAUACAAAGGGUGUGUCUUCAACAUUACAUUUCACAAAAUUGUUGUUGGAUGAUCACAUUCGUGAUAUUGAAGAGUUUCGAGAGCGGUAUAUAUUAUUUUUAAUAGAAUUUGCAAUACAUAUUUACAAUUGCAUUCAAAUUAGACUGUGAAUUAUUUCGAUAACGAUAAUUUUGAACCGAUUUCUUUCUUGAGCUAUAUGAUGAUGAUGCAACAACAAACGCCAUCCACUAGCGCGUUUCAGGCGCAUCUAAUGCAUCUGCAUCCACUUCUAAUGAUUCUGGUUUCACUAGAACGCUUUCAGAGAUAUCCAUUACGAAAGAGGUGCGUGGUUGUUGGUUCUAUGCUGAGAUAUAUUCAAUAAUUUCAUCACGGGGUUGGGCUUACCUUGCAUGCAGCGAGUUAAAAUGUUUUAAGAAGUUGAAUGAAGAUUAUGUUUGUGAAAAGUGUGGGAUACAUAGACCUAAUGGCAUCUGGCGAUAUACAUUGAACUCAAAGUCAGGCACGGAAAGCAUUUUGCAGAUGUCAUGUUUUGGGAUGAUGUGGCACGCUAACUGUUUGGAAAGGUUACUGGGGAUUUUAGUGAACAUUCAGAUGCGAUUACUUCCGACACCGAAAAGGAUGUGGUCGUUACUCCAAAUUCAACUUUACAACGUCGAAAAUUAGGAGAAGGAACAUUAACUCCUAAUGACAACGGCUCAACACAAGGAUCAUCUAAUAAGAAAUUAAAGUCGGUGAAAAUUGAAAAGACAUGAAAAUUUUCAAUUUUUCUUUUGAGGAGAACUCUUUGCUUG